AUGUCUGGAUAUUCAUACACUCCGUCAUUCAAUGGGUCUUACACUGACGGCGAUAAUACCGGUGGCUUUAUGAGUUCAACUGAUUAUGCUAGUGGAUCACAAGAACAAAAGCCUACCAGCGAUCAACGUAAAAGAAGCGUUCGUCACGUAACUAUUAAGCAACUUUUAAAUGCAGUUACUCAACAUUCUGAUUCCGAGGAUCAAAUCGAUGGCCACAAAAUUGAUAUUGUAUGCAUUAUUGGCUCAAUUAGAGAUCUAAAUGUUUCGAGUCAAAAUGUCAUUGAGUAUAAAAUAGAUGAUGGUACUGGUUUUAUCGAUGCAAAGGUUUGGUUUGAAUCUGAAGAAAAAAAGGAAAGUUCGGCUACUUAUAAAAUCGGUGUCGAUUCUUAUGUUUGUGCAUAUGGUAAUCUAAAAACUUUCAAAGGGAAACGUUUAUUAAAUUGUAUACCAUACGGUCUCCGGUUAGUCGAAGAUUAUAAUGAAAUUAGCAGCCAUCUGUGUGAAGUAGUUUAUGAACAUUUGUCCUUAAUUCGUUCCGAUAGCAGUACUGUUCUACAAAGUUCCGUUGACAACAAUAACAGUUAUGUCGGUGGUUCUCAUGUUUUCAAUGACCCUUUACAAAAAGAGAUACGUGAUCUUGUUGUCAAGAGUGGUGAUCCACAUAUGGGUCUCCCCAUUGAGCGUAUCUGCUCUGCGCUUGGUUUCCAAUACGGGUCUGAUAGUAAAAUUAAGGACGCGAUUGAUACGAUGAUAUCUGAAGGCAUAUUAUACAAUACUCAAGAUGAUAGUUAUGUCGCAGUCUGUGGAGUUUAA